AUGACUUUAAUUGAUCGUCGUUGGCGAGAUGAUCGUGGGAUGAGCCGCUUCGAGGAUUCCUUUUGGGAAAGUGAUCGCUGGUAUCGUGAUUGGGAUGAUUGGCCUCGCGACUGGCCACGGCCUGGAGAUCUUGUGCGACGCGUGAGUUUACAAAUGAUUUAA